AUGUGGACCGCAGGCCUUGUUCUAGCUGUUAUCCUGGGUGUGUGCACCGGCACGUACAAUAUGUACAACGGAGGUGGUUAUAGAGGAUAUGGUUUCGACGGGGAUGACGGGUUCGGAAUGGGCGGCUACGGUGGUUUUAACAGAAUGGGUUAUGGCCAGUCCGGGUAUGGGAUCGGAGGAAACUUGGGUGGAGGUUAUCAAUCCUACGGAGGAUAUCCAUCAUACACAUCUGGCUCUAUGGGAUAUGGACGCUACCCAUCUUGGGGAGGAGCCGUCGGGGGGAUAGCCGGCCCCCAGGGAUAUGCCUAUGGCGGAUAUGGAAGGGGACCCUUUGGAGGAUCAGCCGGUUUCAUAGGCGGCAGGCGAUACCCCAGUUGGAACCGCAGAUACCCAAAGGGUAAAUAUCCGAUAAAAAAACUCAAAACAACGAGUUAG